AAGAAAAUGUAUAAAAUUCUUAAGUCAAUUGUUAAAUCUGAAUUGUGUUUGCCUUUAAAUACUGGAAUGAUCAUAAAUAAAAAACCAGUGAAAGAAUAUCUUGAUGUAAAACUGAGAAACAAGAAAUGUAUCGGUUCAUGGGAAACGGGUGAUGGUGAUUCAGUAAUACUUUAUGCAAGUGAUAAAACACAUCUUUCACUUUUGGAAGAAAUUAUGAAAGAAAUUUUUGUUGCCAAUACACUGGAUUUUGUGGACAAAAUUAAGGAUACUCCAAAUCAUAGAAAGUGGCUGACAUUUGUUGAAAGUCUAAAAGAAGAGUUUCCAGAUUCCCAUUUUAUUGGAGAAAAUUCUAUUGUUGCUCUUGAUGUUGUAGUUAAUGAUAUAAAAAGCAAAAUUUAUAACUUUAAGCAAUCUUUAAUUUACGAAUCUUAUAUAUCGAUUAAUCUUGCACAUUUCCUCUUUCUUAAAGAGUUCAAAGAACAGGAAAUCAAUGACUUUAGUGAGAAAAAUAAAAUAAGAAUGUGUGUCUCAAAGAUAAUAAGUUACACUGGAAGGAACACAAGAGCAAAUUAGGAAAAUGGAAAUAUUUAUAGAAAACUUAAGAAAAGAUAUCAGCUCAAAAGAAGAAAACUUCAAAAUGUUUGGAUUUCAAGAAUUUCUGAAAAGUGGAGAAGGAAACACUUUCUUGUGUGAAAUGCAGAAGAAAUCUGAGAGCAUAAUAUUAAAUUCAAAUUUAGGAAGUGAAACAGAAGAAAUACUUAAUUUUGUGUAUAAGAACUGUGAAAUAGUGUUGAAGGAAGGUGACAUUACGACUCUGGACACAGAUGCUAUUGUUAAUGCUGCAAAUGGCAGACUGGAUCAUAUUGAUGGGGUUGCAGCAGCCAUUGUGAAGAAAGGUGGGUCGGAAAUUCAAGCUGAAUCCAAUGAUAUUAUGGAACAAAGAAAGAAUGAACUGGAACCUGGAGAAGUAGUGUCAACUAAAGCUGGUAAACUCAAAUGCAAGACUAUCAUUCAUGCUGUUGGACCUGUUUCGAAUUAUGGAGGGACUUGGGAAAUGUUUUACCUUGGAAUUGCUGUUGAAAAUUGUUUGGUAUUUCUUGAUUUAAAUUCGUAUAUAUCAAUUGCAAUUCCUGCUAUCAAUACAGGUAUUUAUGGUAUACCCAUAGAAGAAGGAACCAAAUGUAUAGUAACAACUAUAAAGAUUUAUCUUGAUACACACACAAAUUCUAAAAUAAAACAUAUUUGUUUGAUUGAUGUACGGAAAAAAGUAGUCAGUGCUUUUAAGCGUCAUCUAGAAAUGGUGUUUGGAAUCAGUAAAAGCAGAGGAAGCACAUCGUCAAACACACCCUUUCCUGGCUCACAACAGGAACCAUCCUCCAUGACACCCAGAACUAAUGUGGCAUCUGGAGAAUAUGGUCGCAUCAAUAUAAAACCAAUAAAUGAUUCAAUUACUAAUGCAUAUCUUGAUGUCAUCGUUAACAGCACCAAUAAAAUCCUCCAGCUUAAUGAUGGUUCUCUCUCCAAAUCUAUUCUCAAUGCUGCUGGUCCAGAGAUACAAUAUGAAUGUAACCAGAAAUAUCCUCGAGGUAUUUCUACAUCUACAAUAGCCAUCACUAAAGGACAUGACCUCAAAUGUAAGAAUGUAUUUCAUCUGACAUUACCUGAGUGGGAUGAAAAUUCCUCUGAUUCAAUUCUGGCAAACUUGACUCAAAUAAUAACCACUUGUCUGGAAAAUGCUGAGGAAUUGGGAGCCAAAAGUCUUGCAUUUCCUAUAUUAGGGGCUGGGGCAUUGAAUUACCCCAUUGAAAAUCUACCCGAAACAAUGUAUGAAGCAGUGAAAAGCUACUCAAACCAAAAUCCAAGCCAGAUCAAAGAUGUUUACUUUGUGUUUAAACCUGAAGACACAGAAAUAGUAAAGAAACUUAAAGAAUAUUUCCAAGAAAACACAACAGGUAGUUCAGCUGCAUCAUCAGGAACCACAUUGUCAAACAACUCCCGUCAUCAUCCACAACACCCCAGAACUAAAAUGAUAUCCACACAUGUUGGUGACAUCAAAAUACAACUAAUAUUUGAGUCAAUUUCUAAUGUAUAUGUUGAUGUUGUCGUUAACAGCAGCAAUAAAGAACUCCAGCUUAACAGGGGCUCUGUCUCUAAACUUCUUCUCAAAGCUGCUGGUCCACAGAUACAAGAUGAAUGUAACCAGAAAUAUCCUCAAGGUAUUUCUACAUCUGAAAUUGCCAUCACUAAAGGACAUGACCUCAAAUGUAAGAAUGUAUUUCAUCUGGUAUUACCUGACUGGAAUGAAAAAAACCCUGAUUCAAUUCUGGCAAACUUGACUCAAAUAAUGACCAUUUGUCUGGAAAAUGCUGAGAGAAUGGGAGCAAAAAGCCUUGCAUUUCCUAUAUUAGGGGCUGGGGCAUUGAAUUACCCCAUUGAAAAUCUACCCGAAACAAUGUUUGAAGCAGUGAAAAGCUACUCAAACCAAAAUCCAAGCCAGAUCAAAGAUGUUUACUUUGUGGUUUAUCCUAAAGACACAGAAAUAGUAAAGAAAUUUAAAGAAUAUUUCCAAGAAAUAUCAGCAGAUGGUUCAGAUGAUUCAGAUGGUUCUGAUGGUUCACAUGGUUCAGAUGUAUCAUCAGAUCAUGAAGAUGAAGAAAUAGACGAUAAUGUCUCUGCUGGUCAACAAGAAGAUAGCGUCACAUUGAAAUUCAUUACUAAUUACAGAAAUCUUAACCAUGCUAUAAAAACUGUUGGAAAGGAGUACAAUUCCCAAUUAACAACUAAAGAAAUCCCAUUUGAUAUGGAGUUAAAAGGAUUUCGAAAGCCGAAUUUAAAGAGUAUUGGUACAGAUCAUGAAGUCCAGAUUUCUAUCAGGGACAAAAUUAAAAUUCAUGGCAGAUAUUCUCAUGUAAAAAAUGCUAAACUUGAUGUCCAAUCAUUAUUACUGGAAUACAAAGAGGCUGAUGAGGAAAUCCUUUUUAAAGACAUCGUACAAUGGUCUUACUUUGAUGAAAAUAAUCCAGAAAACAUAAGAAUGUUUAGUGACAAAGAAAAUGCCAAGCUUGAGAAAGCAAACUCACAGAAAAAGAAAUCCCUUGAUUGGAACAACAGAAGAUACGAUUUUCAGAAAAUGAGUUUUCAACAUGGAGGGAAGAAUUAUAAAAUGAAGAGAAAAAACCUAAUGGAUGAAGCGAUCCCUAAUACAUGGUCACCAAUGGGAGACAACGAAUUGCUUAAAAGUGUUCAAAUCACAAAUGGACAAGAAUAUGAUGACAUCCAAGCCAUUUUCAGUCAAUAUUUGCCUUCCUAUCAUAUAACCAAAAUUGAGAGAAUUCAAAAUAAAGCAUUAUACCACGGAUACCAAGUAUUGAAAAGAAAGUAUGAGCUAGAAAAUCCAAACAUUUCAAAUGAAGUUGAUAGCCUUUGGCAUGGUACUGCUGGAGGAUCUAUUGAUGGAAUAAAUAAAUCAGGAUUCAACCGUAGCUAUUGUGGUAAAAAUGCCACAGCAUUUGGUGAAGGUGUUUAUUUUGCCAGAGACAUCCAAUAUUCUGCACAAGAUAAAUAUUCUGCUCCUGACGCUAACAACACAAAGAGAAUAUACUUAUGCAGUGUUCUUGUGGGAAAAAUGAUGAAAGGAAGUCAUGGUUUAAAAGUUUUACAGGAUUCUUGCAAUUCUGCUGUUGAUGAUAUUCAAAAUCCCACUAUUUAUGUUAUUUUCCAUGACAAUCAGGCAUAUCCUAAAUAUUUGAUUGAAUUUGCUCAAUGAAAUCAACACUAACACUAUGUAAAUUUGUAACUCUGAAACUAUUCAGAUUUGUAACAUCUCUUUGGAUUUAUAACAGUAAACAUUUUCAGAUUUUCCACAAAAUUA